AUGGAUGCACAAAUUCGUCGCCUCGUUGUGUCUGGUACCGAACAAAGUGACGUCAAAAUUCUAACGGAUGCUUUUCAGAAGCUUAAGCAAAACUUUCAAAUCAAUCUCGUUCAAGGCAAGGAUACAGUUGGCCAAGACAUUUACGUUUUAUUAGCAGAAAGUGCACUUGAUUUAAAUGCGAAUUCCAUCGCUGAUGAAUGUCUUCAGAUGUUUUUUUCAACAAGCCCAGUCAAAAGUCAAUUUGUUGGACGCGCUUAUCUGUGCCAAUUUCGAUUAUACAUGCCAAAAGCAGCACUUGACUAUGCAUCUUUGAAUAAUGCUAUUCCAUUCUUGCAAAAAUGCCUUAGUUUUGCUUCGGCAUCUCCUCGAUAUCAAUUUUUAGUCUAUAAUGCAUCCGUAAUAUAUUUCAAUUACAUUCGACCGUUCUUUCGUGAUGGCUAUCGAAAAUAUCUCUGUGAAAGUUUUCAACAAGUCAUCGAUGCAUUGAAAAAUCUUGAAGAUGAACAGGAUUUCGCUUGGCAAGCUCAACUUCUCUUUGAACUCGUUCGAUGUUACAUGGACGCAAAUGACAUGGUCAAUGCACGAGAUGUCAGUAACGAACUUGUACAAUUAUGUCAAAACUAUCAACUUACACUUCUUCCAAAUGUUCUUCAAUUUCUUACCGUUCAUGAUGUUCUCGAUAAAGAAGAUCUCCUCUCCUAUGCAUCGAAUACUGAUUCAUCAGUGCUAUUCAAACGAUUACUGAUUGAAUUAGCAUCACUUCAUCGAGAGAUUUUACAAAACAACGCUACGAAUGAAACAAACGCGAACCUUAAACAAAUCUACGAUGAAAUUAUUGCAUCCCAAAUACGAACCACUGGUAAACCAACUAAAAUUACCACUCCGCGUGAUAACGACAAUGCACUGGGAAAGAAAUCCCUAACUUCAUAUGAAAAACAUCGGUUGUUGGUCGAAGCAGGUCGAAUCUCGCUAUUACUUCGUUAUACUGAUCUGACCAAAGUUAUUCUUGAUGAACUCGCUAAUAUUCGUUUGAAAGAAGCAGAAUAUCUGUUGGAAGUACGAUUGUUAGAAGCAGAAUAUACGGUGAAAAGUUUAGGAGAAAGCGAAGAACUGUACAGCAAAAGACUCGUUGACAUUCGUAUUCGUGCUAUCGACUUAACCGAAGAAACAAUCGAAUCGUUGAUACGCACUGGCCAAUUUGAUUUAGUUCAAACUGGUUGUGUUAUUCUUUGGAAUUCAUGUUUGCCAUUAUUACAAAGUAAUCUUCGUGGAAGAAUUCGAAGGCCGUUAACAACACUUGUUAAUACUAUGGAACGUAUACAGAGUCUUAACUGGUUACUACGAAGUCAAGCUCAUUUUGAAUUGGCCAAAAUUGAAGAAGAUAUUGAACAACUGGAUUCCGCAAGAACUAAUUUACUCAAAGCCAAACAACUAGAUGAUACAGGUGUAUAUUCUGCUCGUGUUAAUUUAGCCUUAGAAAGACUGCAGUUACGUGGUGAAUUAUACAAAAUUCCUGAAAAUGUUGAUGAUCGAGUCGGUAUGAUUAUUGAACAAGCUGGCAAGACCGCAAGUGGAAAUAAAAAUAAACAACGUGCUCUCCUUAUUGAGGCAUGUUUACUAUUAGCACAGGAUGCAUUUCAAGUCGUGCUUGAUUCAGAAAAUCCAAAUGCGAUUGGAAAAAUGCGUGCGAACCCAACAGCACAGUUGAAAGGCUUUGCUGAUCAUUAUGAAAAAUGUAUACAAAACAUUACUCACUAUGAACGUAUCAUGGCGGAAACCGAUCAGGAUAAAAGAUUGAAACUAUGGGCUGAUUUGACAAUGAUGGCUCGUCGACAAGAAAUUUGGGAUGUAUGUCGAACAGCAGCUCGAUUUUGUCUAUUGUAUGACAAUGAAAAACGUCGAUCACUGCUGAACGUAUCGGACGACUCGCCUAAACCCAAUGUUUUCCAACGCGACCUUAUUCGUCUGCUAGCAGAGAUUCAUUUCAUAGCCGGAGAAGCUGAGAUUGAAUUCAUACGAGAACGCCGCAUUGAAUUAUUCGACACGCCUGUGCGACCACCGAUGCCAACAGUACCAGCUGCACAACGAGUUCAAGCUCAACAAGAAUCAGAUAAUGAUUGGAAGCAUUAUUGUCUGUGGUUACAGCAGUUAUCCAUUCGUGCUUGUGCUCAUUUUGCGGCAGGCGCUAGUCUCGGUCAACUACUGAAUGAGUCAUGGGUGAUCUGUCGAGCGGGCGAAUAUAUAUGGAAUUAUACUCGGCACUUGUUCUACAGUAAUCGCUUACGUUUUAUUCUAGAACCAUUAACAACUAUUAUUAAUGGACUACGAACUGUUGGCUUCGAGCGAGAAAUCAUUCUGCUGGUCAAUCUGUGUGUAUCGCUUGCUAAUGCAUAUAUUACUCCUUUACCAUCGUCAACUCAAGAAACUCGCCCGCCAGCAAAUACAGAUACUACGAUAAUUCCCCAACCAAUUGCACCAGGCACGAAAAAACAAAACAAAACUGAUCAGCAAGCAUCAACAACAAUUGCUGGAGCUGUUCCACUACCGCCAGCAGUCAUAAAAAACGAAGAUUAUCGAGCAGCUCUUGAUGUAUGCGAAUAUGCGAUCAAUCAAACGAAUGAAGAAGUAGCUAAACCUCUUUCAAUUUCAAUUCGAGAUCGGCAAACACUUUUACAACUCUGGGUCACUGUUAAGCAAUUACUUCAACAGUCAGUUCGAUCAGCUAUAACAACGAUUCUCGGCGAAGAAGAUGAAACCAAAUCGAGUCUAAAUACAUUAUCACGCGCUGUAUUGGCUGUCGAUGUACUCUCACGUCUGGAAAGUGGUUAUAAUAGCACUAGUGAAGGAAUGAACCUAAAACAGACUGUUACAUUUGUUGAUCAAUGCGGAUGGAGUGAUCCGUUGAUUGAAUUGCAAUUAUGGUGCCGUCUUGGUAUAGUCGCGAAUCGAGCAAAUGAUUCUGAAAUUGCACUGUUCUGUCGAGACAAAGCACUGGAGAUCAUUACAGUUUUUCAAACACAAAAAGUGGAGAAAUUUCAAUUAUCAUUAGCAAAUGAAUACGUCAGUCGAGCAUGUGGUGCUUAUGCUGAAUGUUUAGUUAGGCAACAAACUGGACAGAAACAAGAACGAAAAGAAGUACUUGCUAUUUUUGUUGAAGCCGCAAGUUAUUCCUCCAAAGCCGAUUUAUAUGAUUUAACUAUGCAUUUAGCACGUCAUUUUUGGAACAAUUGUCGUCUUUCGAUUAAACGAAAGUUGGAACGAUCACUUCUAUUAGAUCCAAUCAAUGAACUGAUCCAUCAUAUCAAUUCAGUAGCACCAAAAUCAAUUGUAUCAAUGCAAAAUGAUCGUGCAGCGAAAGAAGAAUUUACUAAUCCAGCACAUCGAUUUCGUCCAAAAAAGCAACCAUUAACCCAACGAAGUAAAAAGACCAGUUCAAACGAUGACCCAUCAUUACAAAACGCAUCGCUUGCUCCACAAGAAGAAGCUCAAAUUCGCUCAGCACUCUAUGGUAUUGUCGUUCAAAUCUAUAUGGAUAGACAUGCGUGGCAUUCAGCGUUGGACGCCAUCGAUAGUGCUUUACAAGUCUUACCGCGCACACAGCAUCGAUUGCUUCUGUAUAAAUAUCGAGUAUUGAUUAAAUCCAAACUAGGAUUAUCCAUUAGUACGGAUAUGAUCAAAUUCCGUGAACAAGGCGAAUUAGCAUUAGCCAAAAUGUGGCGGCAAGUGGCACUAAUGGCGAGAAAACGAGAUCAUGUUAUAAACGCAUAUCAACAAGCGAUUUCGACAUUACAAAGUUUGGAUAAUUACUGGACGAAAAUUGAUUACAUACUGGAAUUAGCAAGUUGGUUGUACAGUAAUGAAUAUUUUAUGGAUAAUGUAAUUGAUCUGAUCAAUUGGGUCAUCGAUUUGUUAUUAACGUCACCGGAAGCAUAUAAACAAGACGAAGCAAGUACGAGCGAUGGACAAGAUAUGGAUAGUUUAGUUAAUUCUUCGAGUGUAGGAAAUGAAACAACGCAGAAAAGAGACGAUGACGAUGAAUUUGAAAAUCCACAUAUGGGUUCAAUUAAACCUGCGCCUCCAGAUCGUAUCCAACCUGAUCUAUCGAUUAAUGACGUUGUUCAAGUUCGCCGUCUUGAAUACCUUUGUCGAUGUCAUAUAUUACUUGCCUAUAUGACUCGAAGAAAUCAACCGGAGCACCAAACCUUACUACAACAAGCCUAUUGGCUUCUCACUCGAUUAUGGCAGCGUGGCUUGUCAGAUAGCAAUGACAUUACGAAAGAUGUAGAGAUGGAAGCGGCAGCGGCUGCUGAAGCUGCAGCAGCUGCAGGUGACACAGGCAAAAAGCAACAAAAAGGAGCACCGACUGCCACAGAAGUGAAAAAGAAACCACCACCCGUAGCACCUGGAAAAAGUGCUGAUAAACCAGCAGUUAAUGCCAAGACCACAUUACCAGAGAUACCAGCAACUCGAAGUCCGUCUGAAUGGGCAUUGUUUGUACCCUCCGAUGAAAUUUUACACACGUAUACAUUAUCACAAUCGAAUCAGCGAGGUUUUAACAAGAGCACGAUCCCUAAACCGCUUUUAUCUUUCUAUUAUUUGGACGUAUUCGUUCGUCUUUUACGUGAAUAUGGAUACAAUCAUUUGAGUUUACCUGUACUCAGUUUUAUGCGAUUGAUCAGCCAAGUUGUUCUACCUAACUCGUCCAUGCGUACAUAUGUUUUACUUCGGAUUCAACAAGUCUGUCAAGAGCUCAACCUUCUCGAGCCUAUGCAAACCAUAUGUCAAUUAGCACGUCCAUUUACUAUCCGAGAUGACGAUUUGUCAUUGUCACGCACUGAAAUGGUCAUUUAUACGAAUCUACUUGUUCAGCAACGCGAAGAUGAAGCACUCUUAAAAUCGGCUUUGGGUAGUGCUGGAUUUAAAAGUGAAACUCGGUCGUAUGGAACAUCAGCGUACUCAUCUUCUGUAUCUCGAUAUAAAGCAAGUGAUGCAAAAUCUCUCGUGGCGGACUUACCGGGUGAUCGCCAAAUAUUUAAUAAGCUUAUAACGAGAAAUAUUUGGUUGCAAACAGCUAAUCUCUUAUUUGAAUUGAAUUAUAUCCAAGAAGCGAAAGAAAUGUUACAAGAAAUUCUCAAUCAAGCCAAAAUCUAUGACGAUCAAGUGUGUGAAAAACGUUCUUUCAUUCUCUUGUCUGAAAUUGCCUUGCAUGAACAUCGCUUUGAUCAAGCCAUUGAUUUAGCCAUACAAGCACAACAAGUUGCAAUUGAUGAAUACGAAUGGUAUAGAUCCGUUGUAACAAUUGUCGAAGCUUUAUGCCAGGAUAAUAAUCAAGAUGCGUACAAACAGAAAAAAGUACGAUCUUUGCUUGAAACAUCAAUUAAACGAUUGGAAUCGAUCGUACAGUUGCAUAUCAAUAAAAUCAUUUCGAUCGCUUAUACAGCCUCACUUCUCAAAGCAAAACAAGUUGAUGUUGAAAUGAAUGAAAUUUUCUCACAAACUACAGUAAACACUAUAGAAAACAAAUCGAUCUUCUAUCGUCUGUACGAUAUCUUGCAACAAUAUGAUAUGUCGUUCACAAAUCUGCUCAACCUCGAUCGAUACAAUGACGCCUGUGAAAUAAUUCUGACGAAAUCCAUACCAAUUUGGAAACGUUUCGCUCGAGACUCGACGGAUGGAAACGAACAGAAAAAGUAUCUUGGUCGUGCACUCUCUAUUCUCGACCAUCUAACAGAGAUACUCGCUGAACGAUGGCAACUAAUCCGACAGAUCACGUCGCAGAACGAUUUAACAUCCAUACAACUACCUGUACAACGACAAUUUGUUCGUGUGCAACUUGAAAUAAUCACGAUAUUACUUGAUCUAUUGAAAAUUCAUGCAACGGAAAUGGCCAAAGAUCGUCUACGACGAAAGACAACACAUGCAACAUAUUUAGCUGUGCAAGAUUUUGUCGGCACAGAAGAAAAAAACAGCGAGGAUCCGGAAGAUAAUAAAUGGGACGAGAUAACAAAAAUCUUACCAGAAAAAUUAAUCGCAAGGUUGAUGUCCGUCUUGGAAAUCAUUGGUUCGAAUGAUAAACUGACCAAAGCAAAGAUUUUCUUUUAUCUCGCUCAAAUCUAUUCAAUUCUCGGUCAAAAUGUUGGAACGGACUAUCCACUAGAAUGGAAUAGUCGAAUAAAAGACGUACUCGCCAAAUUCCACGAAUUGGCAUCAACAAAAGGCGGAGCGAAACAUGCAGAAUCACGCGCUGGCAAUAGUAUUAAUCAAUCAAUCAAUUUAGUUGAGAAUGAAUGGAUACCGGAAGAAUUACUCAAUGAAUUUACUCGAGAUAAGAUGGAUCUGAACCAUUCCUUAUCGUAUCUUGCUCAAUCAACGGAAAUUGCUUUGCAAGCACUGAACAUUGCUCUGGUUAUUCAAGACAAAAUACUCAUUCGUGACAUAAGUCUAUUGAUUUCCGAUACCAUCGGUCAAUUCGAUCCAGUGAUUAGUAUUAUUUAUUUAACCUUAAGUCAAAGUGCGAAUGCAUCGAUUUAUACAAAGAACGUUUUGAAACGAGCAUGCUCAGUGCCCAGUAACUCCGAACUCGCUUCAUUAUUUACACUAAUGAAUCGAAUAAAGCGAGAUGAAACAAUAACAAAUGCAAAUAAUGGUAUCGUCUAUCGAGCUGUAAUGGAGCGAUUGCGAACUUAUUGGGCGUGGAAAUACAUGACCAUUCGUUCUCAGUAUUAUGAAUUGACAAAAGAAAUGCCAACCCUGUUCAAUUUUCUUGUGUUGCACUAUUCAACAAAUGGAGAAGUGAUGUAUGUUGCAUUGUUCAAUAGUAGGACAUUGAGUGGAAAAGGAGCAACUACCACUGGAGGUGGAAAGUCGAAAGGACCUACGACUGGGUUUGCUAAUCCACAAAUUAUGAAAAUUAAUGUGGACAAGAGAAAACUAAAUAAUCUAAUUAAUAAAUUCGACCGAUGGAAAGAAGAAUAUUCUCAAUUGUUACAACAAUACGAACUUAAGCUACAACGCAGUCGUGAUAAGCAAGCUAUGCUCAAUUCAGAACAAGUGAAAAAAGCUAUAUUAUCCAAUAACGAGAAUCUCUCGUCAAAAACUGAUACACAGCCUGAACCUGUUGAUAUCAACUUGAUCAACGCAUUGAAACAACGUUUCACCGAUCAGCUUCUUGUUGAAUUAAACGAGUAUUUUGCUCCAAUUAAACCUUUGCUUUCGAAUUAUCUCGAUGCUGACAAGCAAUACGAACCUCGAACCGCACUUAGUACCGAUCAUUUGUUACUUCUUAUCGAUCCGCGUCUUGCUCAUUUACCUCUGGAAUCAUUGGAUAUAUUCCGACACGUUCAAAUCGGCGGUAUCUCAAGAGAUUUCUCCAUUCAAUCUGUAUACAACCGUUUAAAUCCAACUCUUGGUGUUGAUGAAACAACCGCUCCAGCCGAUGACGGAAAGAACAAAAAGACUGCUGGCAAAGAAGGUGGCGAAGUAACAAGCGAAUUGCAAGUGAUCGAUUCAUCGAAUACUUACUAUUUGGUGGAACCGAUCUUGUAUAAAUCAUCAUCAGCAGAAACGAAAGUAACAACGCCAUUUGAUGUUCUUCGACAACGGCUUCCUCAAGUUAUAUCCAAAUGGAAAACAGUGAAACAAGAAGGAUCAACAAUUAAUACUGCCGAACUUGAACGAAUUGUCACUGACGCCCAAGGUGUUGUUUACUAUGGAGCGCAUACGCUUAGUGAAUUGGUUGAACCUUAUAAAUGUCCAACAUUGUCGAAAAAUGGCUGUACGAUUAUGUGCUCGUUUGAUCGAACGUCAACAUGUCUUGUUAACAAUGCACCUAUAUCAUUAACCAAUGAGCAUGAUGCAAUUCAACUGGAUCGUUCGACUGAAAUUGCCCUCUUGUGGAGUUCAGGCGGUACCAAAUCAAUUGUACUCAAUCAAUGGAAAUCAACUAUGAUUGAGAAUGAAACUGUAUUAAUCAAUACUUUUAUUGAUUCUGCCACAUUACAUUGUUCAUUAAGUCAAGCAUUACGUCUACUUGUUUAUCCAUACUUUCGUCCUGUGGAGGCUGACUCAACGACGGCAGGAGCAGCAUCAAAAGAUGGAAAAAACAAAGGAAAUACUUCAACAAACAAAAAAACGCGUUCGCCAUCACCUAAAGGCAAACAGCAAUCAUCGUCCACUAAAGAUAGUAGUGUUAAUAAAAAGUCCUCAUCGGUACAUCCACCUGAUACCACAUCGGAAGCAUUAUCAUCUGCCGAACAAAAAGAAGAGCCUCAACGGCCAACCUUGCAGCUUCAACAGCUCAAUCCUAUCAUUUUCGGUACGAACAACUUCAACAUCUCAUCAUUGUGCUCGUGGAGCGCGUCUUACUUGUUUCCUCUUUCUUUUCAUCCACCCCUACAUCCAUUUCUUCUAUUAGCUUUACCAGAACACAGAAACACCAUAUUGCUGCCCACCUUAAUUUCCUUUAAAAUGUCCCUUUUAUGCCAACCGUUAAAUGUAAUGUAUUUAUUUACUCUUCUCUCAGCACUUCUUUGCAUACAAAUGGUAACAAAAGUUGCAAGUGAUGUAGCCGACGUUGCUGACAACGACCUAUUACAAGUUCUAUCUCAUAAUCAUAAUAAAUACUCAAAUGACAACAGUGAAAGUGCUGAAGAGAAUGAUUAUGAUCGUCGCUCAACGACAUUUUUAAGAUUCGGACGACAAAUGUCGCCAUCGGGAUCGUUUCUUCGCUUCGGCCGACAAAUGUCACCAUCGGGAUCCUUUCUUCGCUUUGGUCGGCGUGUGAAUAAUCACGGAUCUUUUCUUCGUUUUGGUCGUCAAUUAGAUUUGAUUUCUCAAGAUGAUUUCGAUCGCAUGGGUCACAAAGGAAGAUUCUUACGAUUUGGCUAG